GGCUCCAGCUCGCCUUUGACCCUAAACACGAUAAGCGCUUCAAAAUAAAUGACAUAAAUACAAACCUUGCUGGGUGUUAGCACCUCAACAACACCAAUUGUAUGUAGAGUGCUCAGCAGCUAAUUGGUUGAGAGCAGUGAUGUCAUCGUGUAGGAGAGUUUGGACCAGUCAGAGAGCAGCUGGCCUCUGAAAUGCAGACAAACCUGUCGCACACAUCAGCAAGAAACACACAUCCACACACGGGACACCCAGUAGCCUGCUCAUGAGAAUCUACGAUGAUAUCAUGAACAUUGACAAGACGUCAACGUUGCCUCAUGACAUCAUCGACUUGGAGUUGCGACAAGAUGAUGACCACUUUCCUGGGUACACAACAACACAAACCUCUCCCAGGAGAUGGUGGGAGACCUCACGACGAAACUGUCGGCCCACCAGGAGUCUCCCAAUCAGGUGGCAUCGUGGGCAGAGCUAAGAAACGUCUGAUCGCUCCCACUCUCAGCCUGACGCUGAGCCACGGCGACUCUCAUGAGCAAAGUCACGACAGCUUCUCGGCCGCGGCGGUCUCGUCCACACAGUCGCUCGACAUCAACUUGGAGGCGAUGGAGACGCCGUCCGACAGUGAGGCGGAGGCAGGGCCUGAUGGCGCGCACGACCUGGAGUGGGAGGAUGACUUCUCUUGGAUGAGGAGAGAGAGCGUGGGGGGCGUGGCCUGGAACCAGGUAGAGCCAAGUGGGACGGGCCUGAUGGAGCUGGACAAAGUUGACAGUAGAGGGCGCCGCUGGAGGAAGUUCUGCACGUCCGGACAGGAAUAUCAUGUCAACAUGAGCGUCCUGGAGCCGUACCUCCAGGUCCUGUCACACGGAGGUUACUAUGGGGACGGGAUGAACGCCAUCAUCCUGUUCACAUCAUGCUACCUUCCAGAGAACACAAUUGACGACUACAACUACGUAAUGGAGCACCUAUUCAAGUACAUGGUGGGCACAUUGGACCUGAUGGUGUCAGAGAACUACCUGCUGGUCUUCCUGUGCGCCAUGGCGCCUAGAAACAAGUUUCCCUCCAUCAGAUGGCUGCGGCAGUGCUACACUUCCAUUGACAGGAGGUUGAAGAAAGACCUGAAAGGACUGCUGGUGGUCCAUCCCAGUUGGUACGUCAAAGUCCUCCUCACUGUGGUCAAGCCCUUCAUCAGUGACAAGUUCAGUAGGAAGAUUCGUUUCAUCCGAAGUCUUGACCAACUUUCCCACAUCAUCCCCAUGGACAGACUGAUGAUCCCCGAAGCUAUUUUUCAGUUUGACCGGCAGUUAAACAGCUGACAGGUGUCAUGUCAAUGGCCCGGACAGUUCCUAGAGACUGAUGAGGCCUUGCCAGGAGGCACUUUCAGAAGAGGCUGAUUCUGGGACUUUCCAAAAAAACCAGAAGAACUGGUCUGUCUCUUCACCUGGCGCGACCUGUUGGGGGAAGAAAGAAGUCAAAACAAAAUGUUUCUGUAAAUGAGAUUUUGAUGGAACAAAAUGAUCAAAUCAAUAUACUGUAUACAUGCAAAGAAACGCUAAAUGCGACCUGCAGGUGGCGCUGUUUUUGUUCACUUACCACAGUCAUGACGUCAUCUAGUACCGCCAACACUCUCCUGUGUGCACGCUUCAUCACUUUCCACUGUCCAACAAGAUUAGUGGUGGUGUGUGUGUAUUUUAUACAAACUACCAGGACAGUAUUGUCUUCAAUGUUUCAAUUAAAUCUUUUUUUCUCCAUUGCAGUAAAAAAACAGUCAACAAUAUGAAAAAAACAACAACUUCAACAUUUAAAAUCUUGACUUAAAACUGGCAGUUGCCAUAGAAAUGGCCACAAAUGUUUCAGUAAAUGGCCUCGUCCAUGUUGUCAUCACUUUCCCCGCCAAAGUCCUCGCCGUUGUCAAAAUAGGACAUGAUGUAGUCCGUCUCCUGCAACAAACACUUCGUUGUUACAUUGAAAAAAGAAAAAAAAAAAAGAUUUAAUUUGAUGUCUUCUCACUUCCUCCAGCUCCUCCUCAUCAUACUCUUCCUCAGCCUCCUGAUCUUCUUCCUUCUUUUCUUGCUGCUCCUCAUCCUCGGAGCUCUGCUGCUCUUCACUCUGCAGCGUCUAAACAACAAAACCAGUUUAACGGAAGUGGAUAGGUGGAAAUGAUGGCGAUUAAAGGGAUAGUUUGGAUUUUUUUUUCACAUGAAGUUGUAUGACAUCCCCAUCAGCAGUGUAUUACAGCGACAGUGACUUGCCCCCACAAUUGGUCCUGUGAGUCCAGUUCUGGUCGAAGAUCCGUAACAAGGAAUGUAGUUCCGGUUAGUUGCUGGAGUCAUUUAAGUAAAGA